AUGACGUGCAAUCUUAAAUGGACUGAUGUUGUCAAAAACUUACUUCUUUGUCAAAUAGCUGCUAAUAGACCAGAUGUAUGCAAAAGGGUAUUCAAUUUAAAAAAGGAUUAUUUGGUUGACCUCGUCAGACAAAAACUGUUUGGUGAAGUGAUGGCUUACGUUUAUACGGUCGAAUUUCAAAAACGUGGACUACCUCAUUUUCAUAUGUUGGUAACGCCCAAACAAAAUUCUAAAAUAACAAAUCCCAACACUGUGGGUCAGUUCGUGUCAGCUGAAAUCCUUGAUCCGAAUGUGAAUAAAAAAUUACAAGAAAUGGUAAUGAAACACAUGAAUCAUGGUCCUUGCGCUGAUUGGUGUAAAGUGAAAGGAAAAUGCUCGAAGCGUUUUCCAAAAUCUUUCCAACAAGAAACGACCAUGGAUAAAAGUGGUUAUCCACAGUAUCAUCAGAGGGAUACUGGCAUUCUUUACGAGAAAAAGGGGAGUUUUGUGGUUGAUUACCGAAACGCUGUUCCAUAUUCUCCCACCUUAUCCACUGUCUUAAAUUGUCAUGUGAAUGUGGAGGUUGUUUCGUCAAUCAAUGCUGUCAUGUACAUAUAUACAAGUACGUUUAUGAAGUAA